GCAGUGCAUGCUGGGAUUCUAUUCUGGUAGUAGGAAAGUUUAAUGGCGCCAUCGAUGUGACGUUGUGCUCGUAAAUCGCCCGUUGUCCGCUAAUACGAAUUCGUCUCUUAAGUAACUAACCUAAAGUUUAGUUAAGUAAAAUUUUAACCUUUACGCGCAAUGGGCGAAGAACGAGAGAUCGACAAAGACAAGGACAGGCGUCGCGAGCGCCGUCGCAGUCGCUCGACAUCGAGGGGCCGUGAGCGCAGGAAGCGCUCUAGGUCACGUGAGCCCAGGAGGAGGAGUCGCAGCAGGGAGAAGGUUGUGGUCCCGGGCGGCCCAAAGAAGUCCCGGCGGAGGAAGCCCUCGCUGUACUGGGAUGUGCCGCCUCCGGGGUUUGAGCACAUUACUCCGCUCCAGUACAAGGCCAUGCAGGCCUCUGGCCAGAUCCCGGCGACGAUGCUGGCGGCUACGGGGGCCCUGGCUACGGCUGCAGUGGCGAGUGUGGGCGGGGGUCUCGGGGGUGGGAUGGGGGCGGUGGGAGGAGGGAGCCUGGCGGGCAGCACCCCGCUGGCCCCGGCCGCCAUUGCCCCCGUGGCCCCCGCCGUGCCCAUCGUGGGCAGCACCAUCACCCGGCAGGCGAGGCGCCUCUACGUCGGCAACAUCCCCUUCGGCUGCUCAGAGGAGGAAAUGAUGGACUACUUCAAUGCCCAGAUGCAUGCCUGUGGGUUCUCCCAGGCACCGGGCAACCCUGUGUUGGCCUGCCAGAUUAAUCUGGACAAGAAUUUUGCUUUCUUAGAGUUUCGCUCGAUCGACGAAACCACCCAGGCGAUGGCCUUUGACGGCAUCAACUUCAAGGGUCAGAGCUUGAAGAUCCGGAGACCUCACGAUUACCAGCCGAUGCCUGGAAUGGCGGAAACGCCUUCCGUUGCCGUUCCAGGUGUUAUUUCGACGGUAGUGCAGGACUCUCCGCACAAAAUAUUCAUUGGUGGAUUGCCAAACUAUCUAAACGAAGACCAGGUGAGGGAGCUUUUAAUGUCCUUUGGGCAGCUGCGUGCAUUCAAUCUCGUGAAAGACAGCGCAACGGGACUCUCCAAGGGGUACGCGUUCUGCGAGUAUGUGGAGGUCACCACCACAGACCAGGCUAUCAUGGGACUUAAUGGAAUGCAGCUUGGAGACAAGAAGCUGAUUGUACAGAGAGCAAGUGUUGGUGCGAAGAACAGUCAAAUGAACCAAGCACCAGUACAAAUCCAAGUACCAGGCUUACAGUUGCAAGGGGGCGCCGGGCCUCCGACUGAGGUUCUGUGCCUCAUGAACCUUGUCUGCCCGGAGGAGUUGAAGGACGAGGAAGAGUACGAGGACAUCUUGGAGGACAUCCACGAGGAGUGCAACAAGUACGGCGUCGUCAAGAGCAUCGAGAUCCCUCGCCCCAUCGAGGGCGUCGACGUGCCGGGAUGCGGAAAGGCCUUUGUCGAGUUCAACUCGGUCAUCGACUGCCAGAAGGCGCAGCAGAGCCUGACCGGACGCAAGUUCAGCAACCGCGUUGUUGUCACAUCCUACUUCGAUCCGGACAAGUACCACCGUCGGGAGUUCUAGGAAUCCCUCCGGAUCCGGCAUCCAUCAGGCCCUGGGCUCUCCUCUUUUUUUCCUCGUCAUCCCGUUUUAUUCACUUGCAGCGACCUUGACUCCGCAUGAACAUUCGUCUCGCUUCCUCAUCCCCGAGAAACGAUGACGUUUGGUUGGAUUUCUGCUCCAUCGGUUUCACUGGUUAUUGAAUGCUGUACUCCAAUGUGUACUAAAAGCUCUCGAACCGCGGUCGCUACGAAGGCGAUCCACGAAGAAGUUGCGCGAUUUUCGUCGACAGUCCUUAGGACGGAGGACAGACUCUUGCGAAUGCUGGGUGUCGAUAAAGCGAUCACGGCGUCGCGACGAAUCCCCAGCUUCGUUCACUAGCACAGUUUGUCCGAUGACCGCCCCUUUUUUUUUU